CGGAUGUGUUUCCUCCCAGGCUAAAUCCGACUUCCGGCUUGGGCCGCGGCUGCCGCGGAAGCCUCGACUCUAAUUUUCGCAGUUGAUUGUGACCAUGGCUGCAGAGUCUGAUGUUCUACACUUCCAGUUUGAACAACAAGGAGAUGUGGUCUUGCAGAGAAUGAAUCUCUUGAGACAGCAGAAUUUAUUUUGUGAUGUAUCAAUUUAUAUUAAUGACACUGAGUUCCAAGGGCACAAGGUGAUUUUGGCUGCUUGCUCCACUUUCAUGAGAGAUCAGUUUUUACUCACACAGUCAAAACAUGUCAGAAUCACCAUCUUGCAGAGUGCAGAAGUUGGCAGAAAAUUGUUGCUGUCUUGCUAUACUGGAGCACUUGAAGUUAAAAGGAAAGAGCUUUUGAAAUAUUUGACUGCUGCCAGUUACCUUCAGAUGGUUCACAUUGUGGAAAAGUGCACAGAAGCUUUGUCAAAGUACCUGGAAAUUGAUCUUUCUAUGAAAAACAACAACCAGCACACUGACCUAUGUCAAUCCUCUGAUCUAGAUGUUAAGAAUGAAGAAGAAAAUUCUGAUAAAGACUGUGAGAUAAUUGAAAUUUCAGAAUAUAGUCCUGUAAACAUAGAUUUCCAUGUUAAAGAAGAGCAAAGUAAUGCUUUACAGUCUACAGUAGAGAAUUUGGCAUCAGAGAGAAAGGAAAUGAAGUCACCAGAGCUAUCUACAGUAGAUAUAGGUUUUAAAGACAAUGAAAUUUGUAUCCUACAUGUAGAGUCUAUCAGUACAGCUGGUGUAGAAAAUGGGCAGUUUUCACAGCCGUGUACCUCUUCAAAAGCAAGCAUGUAUUUCUCUGAAACACAGCAUUCAUUGAUCAAUUCUACAGUUGAGGGUAGAAUGGCAGAAGUUCCUGGGAGUCAAGGUCAGGGCUUAUUUUGUGAGAAUACUGAAGGAAGUCAUGGUACAGUGAAUGAGAUUCAGAAUCUGGAGGAGGGUUAUUCACUGAGGCACCAGUGUCCUAGGUGUCCUCGAGGCUUUCUUCAUGUUGAAAACUAUCUGCGCCACCUUAAGAUGCAUAAACUGUUCUUGUGUUUACAAUGUGGGAAAACAUUUACACAGAAGAAAAAUCUCAACCGACACAUUCGAGGGCACAUGGGCAUACGGCCCUUUCAGUGUACAGUGUGCUUGAAAACAUUUACUGCUAAAAGCACACUUCAGGACCACUUGAACAUACACAGUGGGGAUCGGCCAUACAAAUGCCACUGUUGUGAUAUGGAUUUCAAGCACAAAUCUGCUCUCAAAAAGCACUUAACCUCUGUCCAUGGCAGAAGCAGUGGGGAAAAACUACCUAGGCAUGAUCUCAAAAGACAAAAUCUGCUAUAAUUAGAAUCACAGACUUGCUUUAUAAACCUUGUAUCAUUCUACUAGGUAAAUGUUUCUGUAGAAAUGCAGCAUUUGUAAUAUUGCAUUCCAAUACCCCCCGCUUCCCCCAUCUUUACGUCUUAUUUUUGGUCUGCUUACACAUAUUUUUCUUUCUCAACUUCUGAAUGCUUCAAGGUUAUGGGAGGUAUGAUAAAGCUGAUGGGAUUCUGUCUUGUCUCGGACAUUACAUUUAAGUCUCAGUGGUAAACUUACAGAAACUGUUCCUAUCUUAAAUAUUCUUGAUUUUAG